CCCACGGUUGUUUAUCACCGCACGUAGAUUGAGCUGAACUCAGCAAUGACGUCAUCCUCCUCAUCGUCGCCGUCGUCUUCUUUCUUCUCUCGUUUCUGCUCGUCGGCACUCCGAUCGAAACCCCUAUCUCCGGCGGUGGAUAUCGCCGUCCGUUUCAAUUCCGGCGACGGACUCGUCCGACGACUUGGCCUCUUCGAUUUGAUUCUACUCGGCAUCGGCGCUUCCAUCGGCGCCGGUAUAUUCGUCGUCACCGGCACCGUUGCUCGCGAUGCUGGUCCAGGGGUUACAAUUAGUUUCGCAAUAGCAGGUUUAGCUUGUGUGCUGAACGCACUCUGUUACGCUGAGCUGUCAACACGUUUUCCAGCAGUUGUCGGAGGAGCAUAUCUGUACACAUACACAGCUUUCAACGAGCUAACUGCUUUUCUCGUCUUUGCUCAGUUAAUGCUCGAUUAUCAUAUCGGUGCUGCAAGUAUAGCGCGUAGUUUAGCUAGCUAUGUGGUAACUGUACUAGAGUUGAUUCCUUUCCUCAAGGAUAAUAUCCCGAGUUGGGUGGGCCAUGGUGAAGAAGUUUUCGGACCUUUUUCGAUUAAUAUUUUAGCUCCUAUACUCCUAAUUCUUCUGACUGUGGUUCUUUGUCGGGGUGUCGGAGAAUCUUCGAUAUUGAAUUCAAUCAUGACAGUUACAAAGGUACUCAUUGUUCUUUUUGUCAUCAUAGUUGGAGCGUUUAAGGUUGAUGUCUCAAAUUGGACACCUUUUGCCCCAAACGGGUUUAAGUCAAUAUUGACCGGGUCAACUGUCGUCUUCUUCUCAUACGUUGGAUUCGAUGCAGUUGCUAAUUCUGCCGAAGAAUCCAAGAGACCCCAGAGGGAUUUACCAUUUGGCAUAAUCGGUAGCCUCCUAGUAUGUCUUGCAUUAUAUAUCGGUGUUUGUUUAGUACUCACCGGAAUGGUUCCGUACCAAUUUCUCGGAGAAGAUGCUCCUUUAGCUGAGGCUUUUACUACAAGGGGCAUGAGAUAUGUGUCUGUGUUAAUCAGCUUUGGUGCUGUUGCUGGACUUACUACAACACUUUUAGUUGGUCUUUAUGUUCAGUCUCGAUUAUAUCUUGGACUUGGAAGAGACGGUUUAUUACCAGCCAUAUUCGCCAGAGUACACCCAAAACGACAUACCCCGAUUCAUUCGCAAGUUUGGGUUGGUCUUAUAGCAAUUGUCUUGUCAGGACUUCUUAAUGUUCGUGUGCUCUCGCAUAUCUUGUCCGUUGGAUCUUUGACAGGAUAUUCCGUUGUUUCGGCAUGUGUAGUAACUCUCCGCUGGAAAGAUAAGAUUUCUGGCGAGGGUUUUGGUGGGAGAGUUUCUAGAAGGGGCGAAGGCGUCAUUUGCCUUUCCGCAAUCGCGUGUUGCGGUUUUGCUGCUGGAGUUUUCUUUCGUUUUGAUGCUUCGUAUGUUUUUACACUCUUAGCUGCUGUUAUUGCAGUUUUUUCCGCCGCGGCUCUUUAUCUACGACAAGUCUAUACAGACCCGCCAGGUUUCUCGUGUCCUGGAGUUCCGAUUAUUCCAUCGAUUAGCAUUUUCUUCAACAUUUUUCUUUUCGCUCAGCUGCACUAUGAAGCAUGGGUGAGAUUUAUAGUCCUCGGAAUUGUUACAGUCGGUAUCUACGCAUUUUACGGGCAAUAUCACGCGGACCCUCUAAAUUCAAAUUCGUCCAUUGUUUACCAUCGUGCACCAACUGAAGAAGCUCGAUAGAUUAACACGUGUUAAUGUAAGUUCAUCUCUUGUGUUAUUAUUUGUCUAUUAAGCUUCUGAGGUGUCUGUUAUAUCGUGUAAUAAUAUAGUUAAUUUUUCGAGAAUUUAGCUGUAAAUGUGUUGGUUAAUCAAUUAAUAUGAACUCGAUUGUGUCAGCUGUGACUUCUCA